AUGGUGGGAAUCAACAUACUAACUUUUUGUUGGCUUUUAUUCCAAUCAGUUGCCGGUUCAGACGACUUUGAAAAUGAUGUAUAUGAGAAAUCAAUAAAUCAAACAUUAUUAUGGGGUCCGUAUAGAUCAAAUUGUUAUUUUGGUAUUACACCACGUUAUAUCGAUGAAUCUCCCUUUGUCAUGGGGUUGAUGUGGUUUGAUAGUCAUUUAACUAAUGGGAUAUCUUCAAUGAGACAUUUUGUUGAUGAAAAUGAUAGGAUGAAGAAAUAUGGUUGGAAUGCAUUUGAUCCAAGAAUUGGUGGCGAAGAAGUUAUCAUUGACGAAGAAAAUAAUGUUAAUUUGAGCUUGUCUUUUGUUAAAAGUCAUGAUGGAUUGAACUGGGCUUUAAGAGUGAAGGGGAAACCAUUGGAUUUGAAUAAGAAAUCUACUACUUCCAUUGUGUUGUACAUGCAACAACAAGGUGAUGCCAAUACAAAUGAAUUAUUAAAGACAAGAGACGAAGAACACUUUGUUUUAAAGGGUAAGUCUACUCAGUUGGGUAAGUAUGAUAUCUCGAUCAAAGAUAAUGAAGGGCGUUAUUAUAAGGACCCAACUUUAAAAUCAAUGAAAAUUGCUGAGGGGGCAGAUUGUUCACAAAUGAGCCACUUAUCAUUGAAUGUUCCUGACCACGAAAGUUGGAAAGCUCGUGAUAUAUUUCAAACCAUUAUUGGUGAUUCCAUUAAAGAUAUCGUUCAAGAACAAGGCAGCAUGGACAAUUUUGAUAAUAGAUUAACUCCAAGUUUGUAUCAGAUAAGAAAUAUUUAUAACCUACCGCCAGGUAACUUCCAUUAUGUUCAAAAGACAUUUGAUCUUUCCGAUACAGAGGGUUUUGAAUUUGAUAUGAUUUUUAACAGUGCUCAAUCAAAGCAAAGGAUCGAAUCAUAUAAUGAGAUUAGCAGUUUAAUAACUUCGGCUUUGAAUGAAAUUAACAUCAAAUUCGAUAAGAUUUUUACCAUCGAUUCUGAAGAAAAAAGAAACUUUGCUUUAGAGACAUUAUCUAACUUAUUGGGUGGGAUUGGUUAUUUCCACGGUACUCAAAUUAUUGACAGAACUACUGUAUUUGAUGAAGAUCAAUUCCAAGAAAUUAAAUUGAUUAAUGGUAAAGAAGAAGGACCAUACUCCUUAUUUACUAGUGUUCCAAGUCGUAGUAAAUUUCCUCGUGGGUUCUACUGGGAUGAAGGUUUCCAUCUGUUACAGAUUAUGGAAUAUGAUCUUGAUUUAGCAUUUGAAAUAAUGGCAAGUUGGGUUGAUUUAAUUGAUGAAGAUGGUUGGGUAGCUAGAGAAGUUAUUCUUGGGGAUGAGGCAAGAAGUAGAGUUCCAGCGGAAUUUACAGUCCAAAGCCCGAAAAUUGCAAAUCCACCAACAUUAUUAUUGGCAUUCAGUGAAAUGCUACAAAGGGUGACCGGUAAUGUUGAUAAUUUUCACUGUGAUGAAUCCACUGAGGAUGACACAAUUGGGGAUUUUACACAAGAUGGUAAUCGACUUGAAAAUAAUCCCGAUUUAAUCAAAGAGUAUGCUAGAAAAGUGUACCCCAAAUUAUUGAAGCAUUAUAAUUGGUUUAGAAGAACUCAAAAAGGUGUAAUUGAUGAAUAUUCUGAUAUUUUUGAGGAAGAGGGUAUUUGGGAUUCUAUCCAUAAGGAUGAGGUUUUCAAGUGGGUAGGACGCACCGCUACUCAUUGUUUACCAAGUGGUCUAGAUGAUUAUCCAAGGGCUCCAACUCCAGAUAUAGCUGAAUUACAUGUCGAUGCCCUUUCUUGGGUUGGUAUAAUGACAAGGUCGAUGAAACAAAUUGCAAAUAUCUUGAAUCAAGAAAAUGAUGAAAAAUUAUACGCUCAAAUUGAAUCGAACAUUAUUGAGAAUUUAGAAACACUUCACUGGAAUCCAAAGAGUGGCAGUUACUGUGAUAUUACUAUAGACGAGGAAUAUGGUGAUAGUCGUGAAUUUAUAUGCCAUGACGGAUAUAUAUCUCUUUUGCCAUUUGCUUUAAAGUUAAUACCAAAGGACUCACCCAACUUAGAUAAAGUCGUUUCAUUGAUAGCUGAUGAAGACAAAUUGUUCUCUCCAUUUGGUAUACUUUCGUUAUCUAAACAAGAUGAGUAUUUUGGUAGAGGUGAAAACUACUGGAGAGGGCCGAUCUGGAUGAACAUUAAUUAUUUGGUCCUUGAUGCCUUGAAAUACUAUUAUCCUGAAAUAACUUCAACACAAAAAUCGAAAAGAACACCAGCCGCUAAACUAUGUAAUGAAUUGAGCAACAGAUUAAUCAAGAACGUCUAUCGAGUAUGGAAGCAUUCAGGAUAUUGUUAUGAGAACUAUAGUCCGAUAGACGGCCAUGGCAUGGGGACCGAGCAUUUCACAGGUUGGACUGCCUUGAUUGUCAAUAUUCUCGGUCGUUCCUAA